UUAUUGAAGAGUUACUAACAGUUACUGAAGAUUUAUUGAGAGUUACUGAAAAGUUACUAAGAGUUACUAAAGAAAGUCACUUAAAAGUUACUGAAGAGUUACUAAGUGUACUGAAGAGUUACAGAACAGUUACUAAAGAGUUACUAAAAGUUAUUGUGGAGUUACUAAGAGUUACUGAAGAGUCACUGAAGCCCACAAAAAUUGCACCUAUUAAAGAAACUAAAAGAAUUAUUGAAAUUAGUUCAAAUGGAAGAAAAAAAUCU